GGGGGCACGCUGAACAGCGACACUUCCGCAAACUGUAAUUUUAUACGUUUGACAUCUAAAAUGGGCCUUCAGUGCGCCACCUCAAUCCCACAUCACAUGGGGCGCUCGUUCCUCGAUGUCUCGUACAUUUUGUAGAUCAGCGGCAAGAAAUGGUUGCUCAGUAAAAGCCUGUGUAUGCAAACUACCUUAAGGGACUCGAAGCUGGGAGACAAUUAUCAAACCACGGAUUUCAUCCAAAAAGCAUUCUCCGGAAUCUUGACGGCCGUAUUAUCAGACGUUACCUAACGAGAAAGCUGACCAGAAAGCUAAAUAAAAGUACGAAAGGACAUCAAAAUACGAUCUAAAAAACCCAGCCGUGUUAGCUUGAUGUAGCUAAGGAAGCUUUUUUGUUGUUUAUUAGUUGCUAGCUAGCCGCGUGUAUCAUUAAUAUCUGAAGCUAGUCAGUUUAAGUUGCAUUGUUUUGGCUUGAUAUUUUAUCCAGCCAGUAAGUAAUCACGGGCAGUUGGGAGACUAUUCCAACAACUACGUACAAACUGUCUAGUUAGUCUGUUAUAUUAGCUGGUCAACAUCAGCUGCCAUCCAGCAAGCGAGUUAUAGCUACGUUAGUUUCAAGCUGGUGAAGUAACGAAUGUAUGGACAAAGCUAGCUUGCUAAGUAGCUAGCAACCUAGCUAGAUCGAUAUCAGAUCCGAGGAGAAAUCAGGAUUGCUAGCUAGCUGAAUACCUUCUGGUGAAGAAAGGAAUCAGUCUGGUCUUCGUUUACCGUGACAGAUCGCAAAACCGAACAGAACAGCAAAGGGGACGAAAUCUUGAUUGCAUUCCCAGAUUCCUUCUCUUUUUGAGGAAACGAAACAAAGGAGAAAUUCAUUUUCAGAAGCGUACAUGAUCUUGGUCACAAAGGAAUAGCUACACAAUAAGAAACUGACAUGAUGUUUCCACAAUCCAGACACUCGGCUUCAUCCCAGUCAUCGCAACAGUUGAAGUUCACGACCUCCGACUCCUGCGAUCGAAUCAAAGAUGAGUUCCAGUUUCUCCAAGCACAGUACCACAGUCUGAAGCUGGAAUGUGACAAGCUCGCUAGCGAGAAGUCCGAAAUGCAGCGGCACUAUAUUAUGUACUAUGAAAUGUCAUAUGGGCUGAACAUUGAAAUGCACAAACAGGCGGAGAUUGUGAAGAGAUUAAACGCGAUCUGCGCUCAGGUGCUUCCAUACCUGUCACAAGAGCACCAGCAGCAGGUCCUGGGGGCCAUAGAGCGAGCCAAGCAGGUCACUCCCCCGGAGAUGAACUCCAUCAUUCGGCAGCAGCUCCAGGCUCAUCAGCUGUCCCAGCUGCAGGGAUUGGCCCUGCCCAUGACGCCCCUCCCCCUGGGCCUGACCCCACCCACCCUGCCAGCUGUCACCUCCAGCUCUGGCCUCUUCUCCCUCUCCAGCAUCCUGGCCUCUCAGGCCCACCUGGCCAAGGAGGAGAAGGCCACCCGCGAGGCGGGGGACAGCCACCGCGACGAGGAUGGGGACAAGUCUGACUAACCGUCUCGUUUGGGGAGGGGGGGGGGUCACACUUUCACUGCUCUCUCAACCUGCUACCCACCUCCCCGCUCUCUCUUUCUUUGUUCUCCUCUGCUCCUCUGUCAUCUCCACAACAGCCCACUCCUUUUCAUUUUUGUAAUUUUUUCAUGCUUGGCAUUUUUUCCUUUUUUUGGCAAAAUAGUUUUUAAUCGUUCAUAUCAGUGUAUUUAAUCAUUAUUUCAUUUCCUGCUUCCAGUUUGGCUUUCCCCCCUUUCUGCUUCCUCCUUCACUUGGUUCACUUUCUCUCCCCAGUACCCACUGAUAAAAUGCCACUCCCCCCAGAACAUACAGCUCUGCAUCUCCCCUGCACCAUCUUUCAUGUUGCUUUCCUCACGAUUCACGUGAGAAUGCCCCUGGUCCUUCUAUAUAUCUGUGCAAAUUAUGGAUGCCCUGCCCUGAAAGUCCAGCUCCUCCAAACAGGAGGAACCCCCAAUGCUGGAGCUCUGUGUGAUUAGAACCCAGAGUAGGUUAGUCACCCGCAGGGCGAUGAUGUAUUGGAUUUUGGUUAAAUUCACAGAGAGAUGAGAUCAAUUGUGGUCAAGCACUGUUCCCUGUUACUGGUGUCAUCUGAUCUGCACAGCAUCCUGGUACCUCAUCAGUGCGCCCGCUUAUCCAACGAGACCUGUGCUCUACAGGUCAUAGUUCCCUUAAACAAAAAACCAUUCAGGCUCGCUCACAGCCGAAGAAUAAAAAACCAUAAGUAGAAACUGGGGGAAAUAAAAUUAAAGGAUGUUAUGAUUAUGGAAUACAAAUGUGGUAAAAGUGUGGGUGAACUAAAGAAUUUUUAGUUUCUUUCCUUCUGUUAAAAGAAACACCCUUGCCACACCUCUGUCUUCUCUUUCACUGUAUGCGUUUGUGCACACAUGUGUGCCUGUGUAAUAGGACCAGACCCUUAUAAGUUACUGAUUGGCUCAGUCAUCCAUCGACGCUCUGUUUUCAUUGGUACAGCCUGAGGAUGAACUGUGUGGGUCAGUGCUGUGGUGGUUGGACAUGCUUAUAGGGUGUCUGUGUUUGGGGCACGGUGUGGUUCUGUGCUCAGAAUCAGAGGCCAUAUUAAUAUUCAGAGCCCUAGCUCCGUCUUUACAGUAACUGUAACUGUGACUGUAAAGUAUAACGUUAUGUGUCAGUGUCAUGACAAACCCAGUCUUUAAUAUGAGGUUUCUUACAUCUGAUCGAAACAAUCCAAAACAAUACUAAAAGGAGACAUCUUGUUUGUGUUUGCUUAAAGGAGGUUUUGUUCUGUGGCAGCAGAGGGUAGAAAGCACUCUGGGAGCCAGAUAUGUCGUCAGCUCUAGCCCCUCUUUGAUAAAAAAUGACCAUCUUAUUCAGAGACAGGUUGACUGUUAUUUCCUCCCAUAAAUGCCGACUCAUUCCAGAACCAAUCAGAAAAAAACAAACAUUAAGUACAUAAGUGUGAAGGUACAUACAUAAUAAUUUAUCUUACCAUUGUCUUAUAGUUAUAAAAGGAGUCAAUUGGUAUAGGAUGGAUUGGCCUGUCCAUUUUACAUAUAGAAAAGUACAAGUUCCUCUGUACAGUGUAAAGAUAACAUAGAGAAUAGCACAUUGAUCGCAGGGUUAGUAACGCUUGACCUUCAGAUUUAUUCCUUAGCGGAAUCAGGACCUUGGCUUAUAUCUUGGGGGUGUGAUGUCAUGUGUCAACUUUGGAAUGUAGUAGGUCACACUGUGUGCUUGUAGGACUAGAGGAGUCUCUGAAUUAUCUGUCUAGUCAUUCAAAGCAAUUGGCCACAGUCAUGCUACAUGUGUGUGCAUAUCUAUGUGUGCACAAACAUGUACGAGUGUGUACUCGGUAUCUGCCUGUCUGUGUGUCAUUUCCUUUUGAGCUGUGAGUGCAAGCAGUGACGCCCCAGCACAUCUGUAAGCGAAGAGCCAUCCAAUAUUUCACACUGCGGCACUCAUUUCUUGCAUGGAAGCCCGUUCAUUUUUAAUGUCAAAGUGACAUUUUGAUUUGUUUUUACGAUUUUCUGUAUGUUGCUUCUGUGUUGUUCAAAGCACUUGACGCCGAAGCGUUUCCUUUAGGAAUGGGAAAGGAAUUACAGGAUUGAGACCUAUAAAUGGUAUGUGAAGGGCCAAUUUAUAUAUAUAUAAAUAUAAAUAUAAAUGUAUAUCUAUAUACAUAUAAUUUUUUAACAUUUUUGUAUGUGUAAAGCUGCAUCUCUUCUGUCUGUCCUGGAAAAUUUUGGUGUAGUGUACUAAAGUUCUGCCAUGCCAUGUCUGAGAAUGGCAGCGCUAUGGAAUAUUCCCUCCCCCCUUGCCCACCCCCAUGCCAAUAAUAUGAAGCAUUGCACCCUUUUGGAGCCCUGUAAAGGUCAUUUAUAAAUUCUUAUUUUGUGUUGUAUGUAAAACCUUUUAAGUGUGUACUUGGCAAAAAUGUAUGUCGUUUGUGUUAUGAAAACCAAUAUUAAAGCUUCGUUUUAAAAAGAGAGAGGAAAAAAAAACUUAAAGUUAAAAACUUACUAUAAAUGAAUGAAAGGU